GCGGGGCAGCCGGUCCGCGAUCACUGCCGGAUCCCGGAGCGGCGGCGCUGAGGGGCUGCUCUCGGCAGCCUUUGUGUGUUACCCGGACAAAGCAUGGAGGAGCCAGGCAAGGGGAGGCGACAAGAUGGGGGAUCGGGUGGCAGCUGGAGCGCUGUCCAUGGUGCUGCUACUGGGGCUGGGGCUGCCAGCGGGCACCCUGGGCUGCCCCCAACCCUGCGCUUGCUACCUCCCCACCGAGGUCCACUGCACCUUCCGCUCCCUGGCAGCUGUGCCGGCACGGAUCGCUAAACAUGUGGAAAGAAUCAACUUUGGGUUUAACAGUAUACAGUCUAUAUACGAAAACUCCUUUGCAGGACUUACAAAAUUGGAAUUGCUCAUGAUACAUGGAAAUGACAUUCAAAAUAUACCUAAUGGUGCUUUGAAAGAUCUCAUAUCUCUACAGGUUUUCAAAAUUAGUUACAAUAAAUUGAAAGCCAUAACUGGCCAAACUCUCCAAGGACUUUCAAGCUUAAUGAGACUGCACAUGGACCACAACAGAAUUGAGUUUAUUCAUCCAAAUGCUUUUAAUGGAUUAACUUCUCUGAGACUGGUUCAUUUAGAAGGAAAUUUGCUCCAGCAGCUUCACCCCAACACCUUUUCAACAUUUAUGGUCCUUGAUUAUUUCAAACUGUCAACAGUAAGACAUCUCUACCUAUCUGAAAAUGCUCUUAGGACCUUGCCUGCAGGGAUGUUUCAAGGCAUGCCACUGCUGGAAAAUCUUUACCUUCAUGGGAAUCCAUGGGCCUGUGAUUGCAGUUUAAAGUGGCUUCUUGAAUGGAAUGAAGUUUCUGGAGGUGUUUUAAAAUGCAAAAAGGACAAAGCCUAUGAAGGGGGACAGCUCUGUCCUAAGUGCAGCAGCCCAAAACAACUGCAGAAAGAAGAUAUUCAAAACUUGAAAGAUAUUUCUUGUAGGAAGCCUGUCAUUCAGUCCUCACUGAGGCAAAAUAGCAGCACUCAAGAUGAAGAAGAUGGUGACAGUUACGAACUCCCUCUGGAAGAACUUCAGUCCUCUCCAUGGAACAUUGAGCUAAAUAUGACUGAUGAGCAUGGCAAUAUAGUCCACCUGAACUGUGAAAUCGAAAAACCGACAGGUUCUACCAAAAUUCAGUGGAAUCAAAUCCAGACUCAGGAGAUAGAUAUAAAUGCUACAAUAUCACUGGAUUUUGAAUGUCCCAUGAAUCGAGAAAACUAUGAAAAACUAUGGAAGCUUAUAGCUUAUUACAGUGAAGUACCUGUCAAAUUAGAGAGGGAAAUUAUGCUCAGAAAGGAGCCUAAAAUAAGCUAUCAGUACAGGCAAGGCUCAGAUUAUGAUGCUCUUUACUACACAGGUGUAAAAGCUCAAAUAGUGGCUGAGCCUUCCUGGGUUAUGCAACCUCUUAUAAAUAUCCAAUUAAAUCGGCGCCAGAGUACAGGGAAAAAAGUGGUGCUGUCUUUUUUUACUGUGUUUUCUCAGACAAUUCAUACCAAAAACACCAGGCAGCAGAGGAACUGGGUGAUGAUAGAGCAAAACCAGAGCACAAGGACAGCACAGAGUGUGGUGGAAGGGUCAGAGUGUCAGCUGAGCUGCAAUGUGAAAGCUUCUGAGAGCCCCUCCAUUCAGUGGCUCUUUCCAGAUGGAACUAAACUGCAGGCACCAUUUAAUCAGAAAGACAGUAGGUUUUCCAUUCUCAGUAGCGGCCAACUAAUCAUGAAAGCAGUGAGUUACACUGAUGGAGGUGUGUACCACUGCAUCGCCCAAGUUAGAGAUGAUGUGGACAUAAUGGCUUACAGACUUCUAGUGCAGCCUCCAGCUAUUCAGGCAGCUGAUUCAGAUGUAGUGAGAGUUGAAAAAAAUGUUGGAGACCCAAUAGUUUUACCGUGCAAUGCAGUUGGCAUCCCAGACCCACAGUUGAGUUGGAUUCUUCCAAACAGUCAAGUACUCAAUGAUUUAUCAAACUCUUCAAAAGGCUAUAUGCUGCAUAAUGGUACUUUACUUAUUCCAAGAAGCCAUGUCAGUGAUAGUGGCCAUUACAGAUGUGUGGCUGUCAACGUGCAGGGGUCAGAUCAAUUUGUUGUAAGGGUCACAGUAAAUAAAAUGGUGUCUGACAGGUCAUUUAAACGAAUAAAACUAAAAAAGCGUCCAGCCUCAAAGCGUUUGUCAAAAACAAGAGGGCAGGUCAUAGAGGAUGGAGAGGGAUCAGGGGCAGGGGGAGUGGAGGACUUCCUACGAAGAAAGAACCACCUAAAAGACUGGGAAAUACCUUUUAAACAAAAAAGUGACCAGGUGCCAGAGAGUCAAAUUAAAAAGGGGAAGAAAGGCAGAAGGAAAAUGAAAAUCUGGAAAAGUACAGAUAGAACCCAAGACAGCAACAUUGCAGAAGGCCGGAGAGUAUUUGAAUCUCGAAGGAGAAUUAAUGUGGCAAGCAAGCAGAUUAAUCCACAGCAUUGGGCUGACAUUUUGGCAAAGGUCCGUGGGAAGAAUCUUCCUAGAACAACAACAGCUACAACCAUUUCUGUAACAACUGCACUGCCAUCAAUCAUGCAGAACACUACUCCAGUCCCUCAUCUGGCAGCCAACCCUCCACCUUCAGAGACAGCAGCUGAUAUGGUAGACUCUUCGGCUGAUGCAUCACCUGUGGGUGAAGAUGAGCCAUUCUCAGUCACUGUUUCACACAACACAGAAGCAUUUUCAGUCCAGUCCAUAUUAAUGAGGUCAGAAACUGAACCAUUCUCCAACCACAGCACUUUAGAAACACCUGCAAGUAUAGACACUGUAGGAAUUGCUGUAUCAGGUCCAUAUUUGACUCCUGUCUCUGCAACUUUGCAACCCCAUGGCAAGCAGCAUCUUGAUGUCAGGACUGAUGAUUCAGCUGUAGUCAAAGAAAAUGUACAUGCUUUCACUGAAGAACCUCUAACCAGACAAAUUGUGACAAACAUUCCCAAUAUUCAGAGCAGUUCAUUCACAGUGGAAACUGCUCAUAGAACUUCUGUAUCUGAAGAAAAUUCUGCUUUUGCUGAGCUACCACUUGAUGCUACUCUCCUAGCUGAAUCUCAGACUGUGGAUCUUCACAGUGUCUUGGAGUCAAGCAUGAAGUUAAAUAAAGUGGACCCAAUGAGUGUUGACACCCUAAUUUUAACACCACCUCAGUUGGACAAGAUCAUCCUAACAGAUUCUCUAGGUACUACUACCAUUUCUUCAUCUGCUUCACCAUUUGUUACAGAGGAGAGCAAUGACUCAAGAUACCAGCACAAAGAAACAUCCACAGGUCAGAUGAAAAUGGCAGACUUAAGUACAAGUUUUCCUGCUUUCACAUCCAUCAAGGUCCAGAGCAAAGAAGAACCCGAGACCCACAGGAAUACAGUGACUCAAGAAAGCAUGUCCAGCAGUUAUGCAGACAAUUCUCAGGCACAAGAACAUAGAAACCUGGCUACUUCAAAAACAGAUCCCGUGGUCAUUUUGCAUAGUGCUAAUGCUCUUCAUAAAAUAGCAGAGGGGAUAAAAAAUGCUGCUUCCAUCAGUAGACUGACCACUGUGGCCACCACAACAGUUCCAUAUAGAAAGACCACGCCCUCACUUAUUACUCAGCAUGGUAGAAAAAGGCCUUAUGGGAGAAGGAGACUGAGGCUAAACAGAAUCCGACAAAGACCAAGGCCUUUGCCCCCUGUUGUUUUAACCACUGAGGCAAUACCUGUCGUUCCAAGGACACCUGAAGUUGAAGCUGUGACCAGAACUUCUUCCGCAACUCUUGAAAGUCCUGAUCGUAAAAACAAUGCCAAAAUACAGGCUAAGAAAGAGGAGCAUAUGGAAUCCACUCCUUCAUUAGUUCUUGAUCUGGCUGAGAAAAUGCCCAAAAUCAGAGACAUGGUUACAACUUCCUCCUUUAGGGCUACUGCUUCUCCACCUGAAACUAAACAUGUGACACACUCUACUACUCCUGAAACCUCAGCACUUCCAGUGACUGCACCCUUCACAAUUUUAACAUCAUAUGUUGUACAUGAUGCACUUCCCACGAAAGAAUCAAGUGUACCUCUUGUACCAGAGCAAAGUGAAGUGCCAGCAUACCACUCAUUAGACAAUGUAUCUGAGGAGAAGGACAUGAAAGCAGAUUCUAAAGCUAUGGAUAGUAAGGCAGAACAAUCAAGCACAACAACUUCUGCACAUAGGAACAGCUUGAUAUUACCUACAAACCCAACAUCUCAGGAAGAGCCUAAACUGUUUGACUCAGAAGUUGUGGUUGAUGAAACAACUGCUGGAACGUUCCAGCUGAUACAUCCCACUAUGACUGACUUAAAUAUUCCUGUUGGCACAGUCAAAGUUUUUAAGGACAUCUCAGUUUCAAAGGAGCCAUGGAAGCCCACAGAAACACCAGCAAAAACUGAGCCAUCUCAGCAACAUGAGAUAAUUACUUUGUCCUCCUCCUGCAGCACAGCAGAAACUCAGACUUUUCCACUUAGAGAGACAAAGAAAUCCAUUGCUUUUCAGGCUGGGACAAAGCCGUCUACCUUGGAUAAAAAGGAAGCUGUGUCACAUAUGUUUCAUCAUUUGCAGACAACUGAAAAGCCUCCAAUUACAUCCACUGCCUUUAUUCCAUUUAUAAAACUUGCCACUCUUCCUCCUUCCAUUUCAAGCACUUCACGUCGUGCUCUUCAUUACACCACCAAGGAAACUAAUGCCUUCAAUCAAGAAAGGUUCCCAGGAGCAGGUGGUGACAAAAUGGUGAUAAGCUCAAGACAGAGUGUUCACCCUACUCCUUCCUCUAACCAAAACAGGAUUAGCAUACAGUCAAAAGAGGAUCAAUUCAAAGAGUUAUAUAGUAGCAAAUCAAACAACAGUUUACUGCUAAAUCCAAAUCUUCCCUAUCCACCUGCUGGAAUGAUACCAAGCUUAAACCAAAGACUACCUGUUGUUCCUCCAAAGCACAUUCCAGUAAGAGGCACAGUGAAGCUUCCUGUAACACAGGGUCCAUUUCGCUAUUUUAUAACACAUCAGCCUCUUCACUACACAAACAAACCAGAGAUAACAGCAUAUGCAGCACAUACUGUCCAAGACAAGAAAACUUUGGCCUCUCAGAGAGAAACAACUACCCCAACACAAGCCUCUCCGUUUCACAAAACAAAUCCAUUCACUGAAAGCAAGUUCAUUAGUCAGGGACAGAACAGAUACAAUAUUAAUUCAAGAUUUUUUGGAAAUAACUAUGUUCCAGAUAACAGAGGCACAGCAGGGAGACUACCAAGUCAAGGGAUUCCCUAUUAUCCCAGUUCCAGAAUACCAUUCCUUUUCAACAGAACAAGGAUAUUCCCUCACUUAAGUAUGCACCCUAAACCAGACGUCCCUAGUGAACUUGUCCCAAAAGACACAAAUGAGAAGAAGGUCUCUCAGGUCUUCCCUACUAGGAUUACAGUGCAGAAAGCUUCAGCUAUGCCAUUGCCUCCAAUGCCACAUGCAACAACAACCACAUUACCACCUCCAGUCUUUCCCCCUCAGCGCACAAAACCACAGAUAUCCACUACAGAUCAUCCUUUAAAAAAUGUCCAUCAUCAUCAUCAAAAAUUUCCAUCUGUGCCUUAUGUGGGAGGCAUUAUUCCACAGAAUUCGACUGUAAUUCAGUCUUCCACUAAUUUCAGGAUACAUGGAGAAAGACCUAAGAUUAUCACAAAAGGGUCUCAGAGCAUAUCCAUCCUUGCUGAAACAGAUGCUUUUAUCCCUUGUGAUGCAGUUGGUGAACCCAAGCCUUUUAUUACUUGGACCAAAGUAUCUACAGGAGCUGCAAUGACAGCCAACACCAGGUUACAAAGGUUUGAAGUCUGGAAAAAUGGUACCCUCCUUAUCCGAAAUGUUCAACUUCAGGAUCGUGGGCAGUAUUUGUGCACAGCUCAGAACCUGCACGGCAUAGAUAAAAUGAUUGUUGUGCUCACGGUUGUAGCCCACCAGCCCAAAAUUUUACUUUCCCGCUAUCGAGAUGUCACGGUCUACUUUGGAGAGACCAUAGCAAUGGAAUGUCAGGCUAGUGGGACUCCAAGCCCACAUAUUUCAUGGGUUUUCCCAGAUAGGAAGAUUUUGCAGACAGUCACCACCACAGAAAGCAGGAUAAUGCUUAAUGAAAAUCGAACCUUGACUAUCAAGCAAGCAACAUUUUCGGACCGAGGAGUUUACAAAUGCAUAGCAAGCAAUGCUGCAGGAGCUGACAGCAUUGCAGUGAGGCUGCACAUUGCAGCCUUACCCCCCAUCAUCCAGCAGGAAAAGCAAGAGAACAUUUCCCUGCCCCUUGGUAGCAGUAUCAACAUCCACUGCACUGCCAAAGCAGCACCUUCUCCCAACAUCCGCUGGGUGGUCUUUGAUGGCACACAAAUCCGACCUUCUCAGUUUGUCAAUGGGAAUUUAUUUGUUUUUCCCAAUGGAACUCUGUAUAUUCGCAAUGUGUCCCCCAAGGACAGUGGAACCUACGAGUGCAUUGCUGCUAACAUGGUGGGAGCUGCCAGGAGAACAGUACAGCUCCAUGUGAAGAAGUAUGCAUCUAAUGCUAAGAUCACUGGGACCUCUCCUCAGAGAACAGAUGUAACAUAUGGCAGCAUCCUGCAUUUGGACUGUAGUGCUUCUGGUGACCCCUGGCCUCGGAUAUUAUGGAGGUUGCCUUCCAAAAGGAUGAUUGAUUCCCUACACAGUACCUUGGAGACUAGAAUCAAGGUAUUCAGCAAUGGGACUUUGGUUGUUCAUUCAGUUACAGACAAAGAUGCAGGAGACUAUUUGUGUGUGGCCCGCAAUAAGAUAGGGGAUGACUACGUGGUCCUCAAAGUGAAUGUGAUGAUGAAACCAGCAAAAAUAGAACAUAAGAAUGAGAAUAACCACAAGGUCAAGUAUGGAGGGGACCUGAAAGUUGACUGUGUAGCCACAGGUCUGCCAAAUCCAGAGAUCUCCUGGGGUCUCCCAGAUGGCAGCAUGAUCAACACCUUCAUGCAGUCAGACGACAGCGGCAGCCGGACAAAGCGAUAUGUGGUCUUUGAUAAUGGAACUCUGUAUUUCAAUGACGUCGGAUUGAGAGAGGAAGGGGACUACACCUGCUAUGCUGAGAACCAGAUUGGGAGGGAUGAAAUGAAAGUGCGGGUCAAAGUAGUGGCUGAGCCUGCAACCAUCAGGAACAAAACAUAUGUCAUUAUUAAUGUACCCUAUGGCGAUGUUGUCACAGUAGCAUGUGAAGCCAAAGGAGAACCCACUCCCAAAGUGACUUGGCUCUCCCCAACCAACAGGCCUAUUCCUGCCCUAUCUGACAAAUACCAGAUCUAUAGGGAUGGCACUCUCCUCAUCCAAAAGGCCCAAAGAUCUGACAGUGGUAACUAUACCUGUGUAGCACGAAACAGUGCUGGAGAAGAUAGGAAAAUCGUUUGGAUCCAUGUUGACGUUCAACCUCCCAGAAUCAAUGGUCAUCUCAGUGCAUUAACAUCUGUGAGGGAGACAGCCAUCAGGGACAGCCGGAAACUUAUUGACUGCAAAGCUGAAGGCAUCCCUGCUCCACGGGUGUUAUGGGCUUUCCCAGAAGGAGUAAUCUUACCAGCUCCCUACUAUGGGAACAGGAUCACUGUGCAUCACAACGGUACAUUGGACAUCAGAGGGGUGAGACAGACAGAUGCAGUGCAGCUCGUAUGCAUUGGGCGGAAUGAAGGAGGGGAAGCGAGACUGCUUGUGCAGCUCCUCAUCACAGACCAUUUGGAGAAACCCUCCUUCAGAGACCCUGUCAGUGAAAGGAUCACUGCCAUUGCUGGGCACACCAUCAACCUGAACUGCUCAGUCCAGGGGAACCCUAAACCCAGCACAAGCUGGAUACUUCCCAAUGGCUCUGAAGUGCUGAGUGGCAGUCGCCUGAACAGAUUUUACCACAAGAGGGAUGGGAUCUUACACAUCAGCAACCUGUCUGCUGGGGAUGCUGGGACUUACCGCUGUACAGCCAGAAACCCAGGAGGUUAUGUGGAACGAGUAGUCUUCCUGAAGGUGGGACUCAGGCCAGAAAUUAGCAACCAGUAUAACAACCUGGUGAGCAUCAUCAAUGGAGAAACUCUGCAGCUUCAUUGCAUCACCCAGCCAAACCAGCGGGCGCAGAUCUCCUGGACACUACCCAAUGGGAUGGUUAUGGAUGCCCCCCAGGCUGUGGGUCGCUUUUCCCUGAUGGAGAAUGGCUCAUUGACGGUGCGUGAGGCUUCUGUAUUUGACAGGGGCACUUACCUGUGCAAGGUGUCAACAGAGUAUGGCACUUCUGUUAUGACUGUGCCUGUCAUUGUGAUAGCCUAUCCUCCCCGGAUCACCAGUGAGCCAGCACCUGUAAUUUAUGCCAGACCUGGAAAUUCAGUCAGACUGAACUGCAUGGCCAUUGGGAUUCCUAAAGCAGAAAUAACAUGGGAGCUUCCAGAUAAAUCACAUCUGACAACAGGAGCUCAAUCCCGUCUAUAUGGAAACAAAUUCCUCCAUCCUCAGGGGUCAUUAGUCAUCCAGCAGUCCACUCAAAGAGAUUCAGGCUUCUAUAAAUGCAUUGCUAAAAAUAUACUAGGCAGUGAUUCGAAAACAACCUACAUACACAUAUUCUAACACUAAAACAAAUGCCUUUGGCUGGAUACCAGUGUUCAAGUCACUGCCAAACGAGUGCAAUGAGGAAAGUACAAGGCCAGGAAGGCUGAGGGCAGAAAAAAAAGGAAUUAAUCUGUAUUGCUUUUGUACUCAACAUGGUAGUAAGUCUCUGCAAUAAAAGGAGGCAUUAGACAUACUGGAACUGAGGAGACUAACAAGUUGAAAAAGGUCUUUAAGUUGUUAAGACAGAGUAAUGUGGUUUUUCAUGCUAUCCAAUAGCAUCUGAGGCCUAAAGUACUCUAUUCUUGUCAAUAGUCCAAAACUAUUUCUUGUUCUAACAAGCACCUUAAAAGUACCAAAGAAGUAUUAACUAUUAAUAAAUGAGCUGCAGUGAUAGAAGUGCUUUAGUAAAACAUAAUUUUCUUUAAACCCUGCAGCACCUUUACAUAACCUAGCCUUAUAGAAUAUGAUUACUAACCUUUCUGUUCAUGCUUCUAUCAGCUCUUCAAAAUCAAAAACUAACUUAGCAAAUGAGAGUGAUCUAUUUUAAUAAAAAUACAUGCAGAGGUUAGCUACCUUAACAUAUGAACAAACAUUUGCCAGCUACUAAGGAUGCUAUGGUCAAAUAAUUCAUUAUAUAUUUUAUAUAUAUUUUUAAUCUGACUAUGAGACUAGAAAGAGUAGAAACGAACUUGGUCUCAUUUUAUAAAUUAUUGGUCUUUACAAGACUCUGAUACAUUACUAUGUUUUAUAAUAUUAAGGUCAAUAUACUGUACGUUUUAUAAUAAAAAAUAU